UGGCGACGAGCGCCCAUGAACAUGAAAGAUGCCCGGAUGUCACGAUCGUCACAUGAUCAAAAUAACGGCCCCGAUAGAAAAUAAGGCGCUCUAUUUGAAGAGAAGACAGAAGAAGUCUGUUCAAAAGAAAUAUGGCGGGAGUUGAAGAUAUGGAUGAAUUUGAUGCACCAUGUGACAUGACAGCUGCGUACUGUUCUCAAAUAACGGAGGAGGACUACGAAAAUCAGACGAUAUCCGAGACGGAGAAAGCUUUACAGAAUCUUAUAGCAUUUAUGGAAAAAAAUCCAGGUGUCUACAAGAAUGUUCUGAAGAAGAAAAUUAAACAAGAAAAACCUCUGAAAUUUCUAAAGGUGAAAAUGAUGACACUGAUAAAGGGAGAAGAAAAUGUUGAUUUUAUGACAGACAAGGAAUGUCAACGUAAGAUGAAGGAGCUAACGUCAGGCAUGAGUCGCGUGUUUGACUACAAUCUGGAAUCAAAAGGAAGAAGACAAUCCAAACGUUUAGCAGAAAAACAGCAGCUCUCUGAACCAACAACAAGCACAGCGUCACCCAAAACAAGGGGGAGGCAAUCCAAGAAAGGAUCAAACUCCAAAUCUGACAAGAAAAAGACAACAUGUCAGGAGAAGAGUGAAGAGACAGCCUGUCCCCCAGUACCUGUCCCACCCCCUCCCCCACCACCACCACCCCCACCCCCGCCAGUCAUCCCAGCACCACAGAAACGUCAAAGGAGGGGCAGUCAGGACGGUACCCCGCUAAAGGAGAUAGAUCUUCAGGUCAAUACUCCUUUGAGCUUGAAAAAGAAAGAACCUCCCAAUGAAAUGGGUUCCACUACCUCGUUAGAUUCCAUUGGGUCAUUAAGCAGUCUUCAUCAGGAACUGAUGUCCUUUAAUCCACAGAAACGACUUAAAACAACAACCAAUGAAAGAUCCCCCGGAGGUACCCCUGUAAAGCCACGCCCUCCCAUCAAAGAGACCCCUCCCCAGACCCCCGCCACCCCCACAGAGUCCAUCUACAGAUACUGGCUCAACAGUCUCCAUAACAAGUUCCGUAACGUCCUGUCCCCGGGAUCUCAAAGUCCGGUCAGUGAUCCCAGCAGUCCUAACGGAUUCUCCCCUCAAUAAGGACGGGGGUCAUCCACACUAUCAAUAGGGACAUACUCAGAAAAUACAGGGACAUCAGUGCAGUGGUACAUGUCUAUAGAAAAUGAUUCAGUAAUAAUGUAGAAAAUCCAAUAACACAUACAUAUGCAUCCAAUGUACUUAUACAUUAUGAAUAUUUUGACUUGCUUUAAUAUGCACAAAUGUUAUUCAAAUAUCUGUUUGUUUGUUUUGAAUGGAAUGUUUUUGUAGAAAGCCCUGAACAGUUUUUCAAUUAUGUUUAAACACUUAUUGAUACAUAUAUUUCACUUAUAUGUAUAAUUUGGUUGUUGUUUGCUUUAUGUUUUGUUUAGAGUAGGCUGAUCUUUGCUUUAUGUGCCAUAGAUUUAUAUCCAUAUUUAGCAUUUUCCUGACCUAAGGUCUGGUAAAUGACGAUCUGUUAUAAAUCUUAAGUUUUGUUUUAUAUUUUGUUAUAGUACUAGUAAGCAAUUGUUUGACUAAGUUUCUUGUUUCUGUAUUUACUUUUUAAAAGAAUUUUAUUGUUUUUAAGACUGUUUGAAAAAGAUUUCAAGACCAUUUUGUACGAUCUACAUAAACAACUAGUGAAUUUCUGUCAAAUUUUUGUCUUUCAACCCAUAAGGUAAUUUGGAAAACAGUGUCUUUACAUUCAGUGUAUGUAUUAAAGAAAAGAAAAUACUAUAAAUGUUGACAUGAGCACAAAUAAAUUACUACUGUAUAAAAUGUAUUCCACCUUAAAGCAUGUUUCACUUCCUGUUAAUAUGCCUGCAUGAAAAGAAGUGGGUCAACUUUUUAAAUUGGUCAAAGUUAGUGAUCUACAAAAUGACACGCUGAAUGUGUUAGAUGUUAUAUUUAGAUUGGAUCCCAUUUUGACUGCAACCUGAAAGUGACAAUACCAAUGGGGUUAUCUCUAGUUUACCAAUUACAAUGUAGUCUUCAUUAUUUUGUUUGUAUACAGUGUUUUAUAUUCGAUUUGCUUUUAUAAAUUCAAACCGAUGUAUGCUAUUUAAUUUGAAAACUUUCCACUCUGGAAUAGUUUUCAUAUCUGAGUGGUAUUUUUCCCAAUGUUAGCUUAUGUAUUACUAAAGUUAGAGACACCUACUUUUGAUUUUGUAAAUUCCUGUGGAAAUAAAUUUCCAGACAAACUUUUGGUUCAAUUUAUGAUUGGCAUCAUCUUUAUACAAGUAAAUACCAUGUAUAUGUAGAUGUGUGGAAGAGAUACUUGCAUCAAGAUUUUUUU